CGUAACUUCAUUUCAUCGAUUGUUACCAGGUUGAAAUUGUUGUCUGUUUGAAUUUUUCGGCAUGAUUUAAAAACAAAGUUCGAAAAAACUUAAGUUUUACAGGAAAUGGUAUCGCAAUUUUUUUAAAUUGAAAGAUCUAUCAUCUUUUGAAUAUCAGCAAUAUGCAGGGUGAAGAAGUUGCUGAUAUCCCUGCAUCUUUACCAGCUGCCGAGUUUCUUACUGCUGAAGAACUGGUUUCUUUACGCAGACCAGCUGAAGAAACUGCUCAUCCUGUAAUUGGAGAGAAACUUUAUACCCGUACUGAUUCAUUGCUGGAGGAAAAAGCUUUAGAAUGUGCUUUAGAAAAUUAUAAAGAUACUCUGGAUAAAAAGAGGGCUUCAAAACUAUGUGAUCUUAUGCAAGCUGAAUGGAAUCCUGAAUCAAAUAUUGUCACUGUUUCAAAAUUAAAGGGCAAAUUUACUCAGCAUAUGGGGCGCUUGAUAAAUGGAAAACAUGUGUUGGCACCUGAAGAAGCAGUAUUCCUUUUAGAAAAUAACUGCAUCGAGAUUUUGCAUAACAAAAUACCAAUGAGUACGGAAGAAGCAUUUUCCAUGAUUCUGAAAGGAAAUUUAGCCCUUGAAAAAUAUGAAGUAUAUUCUCAUUUUUCAAAACUUGGUUUUAUUGUUGUGCGUCAUCAGGCAGAGGCAGGUAUAACUGAAUAUGAGAAGGAAAUGAAUUUACAUAAAUAUCCUGUGCAAAAAAGGCAUCUUAAAGAACCUGCUGAGGGUGAACCUAAGAAAAAGAGACUUACAUUUACUGGAGCUCUUUCUGGAGAUGCUUCUGAAGAAAAUUCAGCAAAUGUUACUGAAAGUGAAAAUAAUUUUGUUUGUCCAAUGGAAGAAGCAAGUAGACCUGAGGAAAAUGAAGAGAUUAUUGCUGAAAAAAAUGUUGAUAAUAUAACAAAUGUGCAACCUAAUGCAGAUGAACAAAAUGAUAAUGGGGCAUUUAUUGAUAAAACUAUGGAAGAUACUCAGCAGGAUGUAGAUAUGAUGAAUCAUACUUCAAUGAAUGACCCUGUCCUUGAAGCAAGUUUAAAAAAUAAUGAAAGUGAAAUUUCAAAAGAAACGAAUGCAUCCCAUGACUCCAUGCCAUUUGAAGGGAAUGGAAGUGUUGCUGAAACAGAAAAAAAUACCAACACAAUUGGAGAGGAUUCUCAAAAUUUUAAUGAGUUGACGGAAAAUAGCAAAUUACAGAAUGGCCUUUCUUUGCAAAAUAAUGAAAAUCGUGACCUUUUGGAUAGCAAUUCUCAAUCUUCUAAGUUUGUUGAUGUAAUGGAUGUAGAUACAGAUGCAGAAACUUCUCGCAGCACAUCUGAAGUAUCAAGAGAUAAUUUUGAUUCAAAUCUUAAUGUGACAUCUCAAGAUUCAUGCAUUUCUGUGAGUAAUGAUGACAAUAUGAUUGGUGAUGCUAAUCAUGAUAGUAAUUUUGAUGUUUUGAGUAUGAGUGAUUCUUCUUUGGUGGAUGAGGAAGAGGUAGUACUAACUAUAGAUGCUGGAUCUGCUGAUAAUCCUUCAAAGGAAGAUGAUGAUGAUGAUGAUGAGGUAACACUUAUUGAAGUGACAAAAAAAGAAACUAAACCACUAGCUGUGAUUGACUUAUCAUCUGAUGAAGAAGAAGCAGAGGCUGCUGAAGCCGUGGAUGUUGUCGAUGAUGAUAUUACAGUCCUUGAAGAGUAUCCCAGCCCAUCAACUAGCAGGCCAAUUUCUUCAAGGGAGGUUAAUUCAAAGAAAUUAAAUGGUUGUAAGAAGGAAGAGGAAGGUGCUGUUUUUACAAGCUCAAAAUUAAUUCCUCCUUUAACAAUCCAGUUUCCAGAUUUAUACAAAAAGCGUGUUGUAUGUGUAGCACGACCUCCUUUUCAUCUCUUGCCAAACAAUGUAAAGCCAUCCAAAGAAGCAUAUGUAUUAAAUCUGAAACCUAAGAAUUCCUCUUUUAACAACAGAGUUUGGAACAGUUAUCGAGACAUGCAGGACUAUCAACGACAGAGACGUCAGAAUAGGCAUCAGAAUAAUAUCCCUAGAGAUCAGUCUUUUUCAGGAUCACAGACAUGGCAUGAUCGAAAUUCUCGAAACAAUGACAGAUUACACAGGUCAGGUUUUGGAUCUGAUCGAGUAGAUUCACCCGAUGUAAAUUCUAAUUCUAGAAGUCAUUUUGCUCCUCCACCAUUAGAUUUUAACAAAAAUUCAUUUCCACCAAAUUCUUUCCAGAAUAAUUUUUCAUUGCCAAAUCCGGCAACUAUGAACUGCGAAUUAACUAUAAAGGAAAAUGCUAAUGAGAGCAUGGUUAGCAGCAGUAGUCAGUCAUCUCAUUCUAACAACUUUAGUUUCUCAUCUGGCAUACCUAAUAAUGCUUUAAUGAAUCCCAUGAUUCCGGUUAAUCCUAGUAAUUUUAUGGCAGGAUAUCAAAGAAAUGCUUUCAGUACGAGUAAUGUGUCUCAUACCCAUUUUAUGGCUGAAUUACAAAGAACUUGUUUUACUGUGGCAACAAAUGUAUUGUCCUCGAUGCUUAACAGAAACACUCCCUUGUUACCUAAUCCACCAUUGUCUAUGUUUCCACCUUGUCAUUUCAAUCCAAACUUGUCGAAUGGAUUCAGUAAUCCUCCCAGUAUCCCAAGCAAUACUGAGUAUUACUCCAUGCCACAUCACACUUUCGGUGAGCAGCGUAGAUUCCCCAGAGGCAGGUCUUUUCCUUGUCGUUAUCGAAAUGUUAGUAAUAAACGAUCAUGGAGUGAGGUCAGAUCUGCAGUUCGCUUCUCCAACGAUGAUAGCGAUGAUGAUGAUAGUGAUAUUGAAGAAAUGCCUAUUGGUCCCAGAGAAAUAAUAUGGGAAAAUAGGGAAAUUCGUUCUUUGAUUAAACCUGGUGUUCGUUAUCCUGUUGCUGGUGUGUUUAAAUUUGUACAAAUAACUAAGGCAGCCAGAGUAACAAAUAAAUAUCAUUAUCCCGAAAGAUUUCUUCCUAGUACUUCUCGCCUAGAAAUUUACUUUGAUGUUUAUCCUCCUGGUUUCACGUAUAAAAAGACUCGUCCACAGAUUCCAAAAUAUAGAGUUGUGAUUGUAAGAGCCACUGAUCCCAUGCCGAAAUAUGUUGACCUUGUUAUCCUUCAACGGAAAUGGAAUGAUGGUGCCACUCUUCUCAUAGCAAUGAAUGAUAAUGGAGAUAUAAGCUUGCAAUCUUUCAACAGCGUUGCUGUACCAGCGCUGACACCUCAUGAAAUCUAAUCAGUCAUCUCACUGUUAUCAAUUUGAACAUGUACAGAAAAUUAUUUUAAGGAUUCUGAAGGCAUUUCUUUACACAUAACAUUAAAAUGUGAUAAUUUAGUUGUACAGUUUAUGUACACCACACCACAAACAUAUUUGUAUUCUCAUUUUAUUUCAUGGAAUGCUAACAGCGAUUAGUGAUAUAGAUCAGCAACUGAGAAUAUUUAAUGUGAUGUCUAAGAUUUGAUGUUUUGGAAUAGUCCAAAAAGAUUUUUAUACGAUGUCUUUUAUAGACUUAAUCAUUGUUUUUAGUUUCUUUCUAAGAUUGAAUUCUGAAUAAAAUCUUAAACGACAAUAAUAAUAAUGAAUUAUAAUAGCUGAAGCAAAUGAAAUUAUUAUUAGAUGUUUUAUUAUUAAUGAAAUAUUUUUCUCUGCAAAAAUGCAAUUAUCAUUCAAUUUAUUAUAAUUUAGACUUGCCCUACUGUUUUUUAUGUAUACUGUGAAUCAAAAUUGUUGUUGAAGUCUAAAUUAUAAAUCAGUGUCCAACAUGGCGCUGAAUUACUAUUUUUCUUCCCUUCCCCUGUAGCAAUUUAGGAAACAAAUAGCAAUUCUCUCUUUUCUUUUAAAUGGUCCAAAAGGGAUUAUUAAAUAUUUUGAAAGAACUUUUUCCCUCGAGUUUCCUGGGACUUAGCCAACUUCCAUUUCUUUCAAAAUAAACAUGUUUUUUUUUUUUCUCCCCUCAUAAUAACUAAAGAUACUCUUUAUUUUUAAGAUCAAGGUUCUUGUAUUGCAUUUAAAAGAGGGAAAACUCAGCCAUAUGUGUAUAUGUUGUCUGUACAUCAGUUUAUAAAGAAUCCAGAAGUUGUUUUAAUUUACCAUUUUACAGAUUGAUUUAUUUCCAUAUCAAUUUGUUGAUCAGAACUGUAAUUAUUUGUUUUAAUUUAACUUAGAUGUGGUUUUAAAAGAAAUUGAAUUGUAUAAUAUAAAUAAGUAGGGAGAGAGAGUUUUGACUGUAAUUGGUUAUCAAUUUGUUUUCAUCUUUGAAGUGCAACACUACCUCUGAGUGUCUCUGGUAUUGUUCUGUAAAGUGUAUUAAUUUAUUAUACUUGUUUAUUUGCUGUUAUUGCAUUUUUGUGUAGAUAUUUUUCAGAGUCUGGAUGUAAUUUUGUGGUGCAAGCUUGGUUAAAUAAGGCUGUUGCAUCUGAAAGUAUAAUCAAACCUGGCAACCAUUCUUGAAUUUUUUUUAAAGUAAUGCAUGGUUUGAGAUGCCACCAUUUUCGGUUAUUAAUUUGUUUAGAGAGUAGAAAUCCUUAUUUUAUUUUAUCGCUUUAAAAGUGAAGGUUUAAUUUCUAAAAAAACCCAAAAAAACAUAAGAAUUUUUUUUCAUAUAAACUUUCUAUUGUGUUUUUGAUUAUGUAAUUAAGAUUAAUUCAGUAUUAGUGCUUAGUAUUCACUUCUCUAUGAGAUUCAAAAGAGAGCACUGUGCACUGAAUUUGAUUCUGUUGUUGAAGAAGCUGCUGCUGUUGUAUAUCUAUUUUUUUCCAUUGUAUAUAUAAAGUGUAAUCAAGUCAAGGACCAUUUUUAUUUUUGUGAAUAAAAUGUAAAUUGGCUUACAAGAAUAAAAGUGUUUAAAAUGUA